UUACUAAACUUGUACCGUUUCCGACGCUCUCCCAGCAUUCCAUCGGGAUCCCGAGGCCAAGCUCAUCUCCCCAAGGCAGCAGGUAUUCCCCAUGUCGGGCCGGCGCCAUCGAUCGGCCGUGGCAUGCCAAUCCUGCCGUCGUCGCAAGGUACGGUGCAGUCUCACUGUCACCGGAGUUCCCUGCAUUGGCUGUGCGCAGGAUCGGGUUGAGUGCGUUGUCGAUGCCAGGGCAAAACUGCAAAGACGCGUGCCGAUGAGAUGUCUCUCCUCGUUGAAUAAUGUCUCCCCUCGCGAGGGAUCCUGGCCACCCCGCCCGUCCUCGUCCUCGUUCCAUAAUGGCUCCAGCAACAGUCAGGCAAUACGAAUUCCAAGCCCCCGUCCCCGUGUUCUUCACGAUGAGGGCACUCCGGCGGAUAGAGAAAGGCAUGGCGAGCAGGACACUAUCCAGGAUGAAGAGCGCAAUGGCAUUGAAAUAGCAGCGGCUAUCCUGGGGAAGCCAGAGCGUGCUGGACAGGUUCCCUUUUACACAAGCGACCAGAUUGGACUCACGUCAGCCUUGAACAUUUGUUCUCCAGAGCGUACUCUACCCAGACACUUCUUGAUCCCGUCAUACAUUUCCACUUCUCUCUCCGACGACGAUCGAGAGUAUCUUGACCGAAAGGGUGUUUUCACGCUUCCCGGAAAUGAAGCCUGUGCCAGUCUUCUGCGUGCUUAUUUCUACCAUGUGCACCCGAUCAUGCCCGUGGUGGAGGUCGACCACUUCCUGAACAAUUUCCACGCUGGCCGUCUUCAGGAGCAGAAUAUAUUACUCGUGUGGUGUGUUUUUUUUGCUGCCGUAAAUUUUAUUCCAGUCAGUAUCUGCCAACAUGAAGGCUAUGAAUGCCGCAAGGCGAUGAAAACUGCGAUGUAUUCUCGCGCAAAAUGCAUGUACAAUAAUGGCGGGGAGAGGGAUAAGAUUGUCCUCCUGCAAUCAUCUCUGCUGCUAGGGUUUUGGCAUUCUGGUAUGGACGAACACAUUGAGCCGUGGUACUGGACAGGCAUAGCAGUUAGUCUUUGCCAAGCGCUGGGAUUACAUUGUGACCCAGACUCGACCAGAUACAAUGCUUCCAUCACCGACCGACAGCGACAUCUCUGGCGGCGCCUUUGGUGGAGCUGCUUCUUCCGGGAUAGGUGGCUUGGACUCACGUUGGGACGACCAGUCCGCAUCAAUCUCAAUGACUGCGACAUGCCGAUGCCCUCUGCCGCUGACCUACUCAGCAGUGUCGAUGGCCUUUCACAGGAGAUCGUCGAUGCGUUCUUACCAGGCGAUUUGCAACAGAUGGCACAGUAUUGGGUCUUGUUGAUCAAAAUGAGCAAAGUGCUGGGCGAUGUUCUAGCUUUGAAUUACCGGGCUUUUCGACCUAGGCCUUUGCUCGAACAGGUAGAGGCCCUGGAGUCCGAGAUUAUGCAAUGUCGACCUCCUGACAAAUAUGAGCUUGGUCUCAGUCGUCCGGCGAUUUUCUACCAGUAUCACCUGCAGUUACAUUACCAGGCGCUUUUGAUCACAUUCUAUCGCCCCUACGGAGCUGAAGUGCCUGAUGGUCUUCAUUCUGCCUACCACGAGGAAUGGCAGCACCGGAUGCGACUCCACGCCGAUGCUGCAGCCUCGAGAACGAACGAUAUCGUCGAAGCAUUGGCGCAGGAGAAUCUGCUUAAUUUCGCCGGUCCUAUGACACCUCCCCUCCUGGUCCCUGCGAUGCAGACACACCUCCUCAACUGUAAAUCGGCAAGUCCUUUAUCCCGACGCCUCAGACUCAGCAAACUGAACAUGUGCAUGAUGGUCAUGGAGGAAUUCCAGAAAGUCUAUUCGGCAGCUUCUAUAUUACGUGGAAUUUUCACCAAGGCCAUUCAGCAUUUGUGUCCGGAGGAUGCUGUCAAUGCUACGACCAGUACUGUUGAUUCUACUUCUUCUGCUACUAGCAGUAGCAAAACUGGUACAUCGAAAGCUGUGUGUACUGCCGAUGUUACUACGACAGAGACAUCGGCGCCGGGAAAUAGAAUUUCGCCUGUGACGCUCCCUCUCGAAGGGAAUUUGGAUGUUUCUGGGAUUAUUUCGAAUGAUAGUAUCGUCGAUGUACUUAUGGACGAGGCUUCUAUUUUCAAUUUCUGGGGGACGCUGGGGCCCAUGAAUUAGAUGUAAAUAAAUGGAAAUUCGAUAUUGUCCAGCCGAUCUAUAAACGGUGAAAACAAGUCUAUAUACAUGCUACAAUAGACACUGUGACCACUUCACAACACGGCUAUCCCCGUGAAAGCCCGCGAAUCUUCAGUGUACAACUUCUUUCCUUGCUUCCCGUCGCGGUCACACUGGUAGAUAUUCCCACCCAGAUCAGUCAUAUAGACACGACCAUCGCGCGGAUCCAGCGCUAACCCAAUCGCCUCAUUGAGAUUCCGGAAAAUAACCUCAUGCUGCUUCUGCUGCAACGGUGGCUGCACGACAAGACCAGAUGACAAGUCCAACCUAGCUCUAUUCAACGAGUUACCGAACGGUAACUCACCCCGAUCAGUCCAGUACAAUAGGCCACCCUCCGCGUCGAUCUCGAGAUCAAUCGGCUCCGGCAGUCCGCUCAGUACACAUUGGAUGUCGUCUCGCGUUGUUGCGGACUGGCCGGGCGGCAUGGCGAUGUUAGCGCAGAAGAUACGUCCCCGAUUACUCUUCGAGUAACCCUUUUGUGUCCAGUAGAAUUUUCCUAGCUUGGGUAGGACGGCGAUCCCGACGCACCACUGCAUGGUGUCUGGAUGGUCUCCGUUCGAGAUAAGGGUUUCCAGAUCAGAUCCGUCGAGGUUGCAGCGGUAAACGCGCAUGCCUUCACGGUCGCUGAAGUAGAGUUUUCUUGCGGAUCGGUCGAGGGUUAUUUGUUUCGGGGUGUUCACGCUUCCUGGGGACAGGACGGUUUGGAUGUCCGUUCCGUCUAGGUUGGAGGAAUAUACGGCUCCAUCCUGCUUCCCUGGGACGCCCAUGCAGGUCCAGAACAUGCGGCGGGUGACUGAAUCCACGACCAGACCGUCUGGGAGGGCUUGGUUGCGGAUUAGGACACGGUGA